AUGACAGUGGAUGUGGGGGAGUCUUCCUACAUCCUGGACGUCUGCCACUAUGUACGGACAUGGGCUGCCGAGGUCCGGAAGCAGGUGUCCCGGGAACGCAGCGGCUCACCCCACUCCAGCCGACGCUCCAGUAGUUCCCUGGGGGUCCCUCUGACGGAGGUCAUCGAACCCCUGGAUUUUGAGGAUGUACUUUCAAGUCGGCCGCCUGAAGUCGAGCCCGGGCCCCUCAGGGACUUGAUAGAGUUUCCAGCUGAUGACUUAGAACUACUGAAGCAGCCCCGAGAAUGUCGGACCACAGAGUCUGGGGUCCCCGAGGACGGAAAGUUGGACGCCCAAGUGAGGGCUGCGGUGGAGAUGUACUCGGAGGACUGGGUCAUUGUACGCAGAAGGUACCAGCAACUGAGUCCAGCCUACAGCCCUGUAACUACAGAGACACAGCGAGAGCGACAGAAAGGCCUCACCCGCCAGGUCUUCGAGCAGGAUACCUCUGGGGAUGAAAGGACAGGUCCUGAGGACAUGGACGAUGACUCCCAGCACUGCUCAGGCUCCCCAGAGGACACCCCUCGAAAUAGUGGGGCCUCUGGCAUCUUCAGCCUGAGGAGCCUGGCUUCAGACUCACUACUACCAGCACUACUUGAGCGAGCAGCCCCUGAGGACGUGGACCGGCGCAAUGAAGCCCUUAGGCGGCAACACCGGGCCCCCGCCUUGCUCACCUUGUACCCUGCACCUGAUGAGGAUGAAGCCGUAGAACGCUGCAGCCUCCCAGAGCCUCCCCGAGAGCACUUUGGACAGCGGAUCCUAGUGAAAUGUCUGUCACUCAAGUUUGAGAUUGAAAUUGAGCCCAUCUUUGGCACCUUGGCCCUGUAUGAUGUGCGAGAGAAAAAGAAGAUUUCAGAAAACUUCUACUUUGACCUAAACUCGGACUCCGUGAAGGGACUGCUCCGGGCCCAUGGCACCCACCCGGCCAUCUCCACCUUGGCACGCUCUGCCAUCUUCUCCGUGACCUACCCCUCCCCUGACAUCUUCCUGGUUGUCAAGCUGGAGAAGGUGCUUCAGCAGGGGGACAUCAGCGAGUGUUGCGAGCCCUACAUGGUGAUGAAGGAGGCAGACGCGAACAAAGACAAGCUGGAGGGGCUGCGCCUGGCCGCUGAGCAGUUCUGCACCAGGCUGGGCCGCUACCGCAUGCCUUUCGCCUGGACGGCUGUGCACCUGGCCAACAUCGUGAGCAGCGUCGGGCCACAGGACCGGGACUCCGACUCCGAGGGCGAGCGCAGACCUACUUGGGCAGAACGCCGCCGCCGGGGGCCUCAGGAUCGAGGCUGUAGUGGGGAUGAUGCUUGCAUCUUCUCCAGCUUCCGACCAGCCACGUUAACUGUCACCAACUUCUUUAAACAGGAGGCAGAACGGCUUAGUGAUGAGGACCUUUUCAAGUUUCUGGCGGACAUGAGGCGACCGUCGUCCCUGUUGAGGCGUUUGCGACCGGUGACUGCUCAGCUCAAGAUUGACAUCUCCCCAGCACCCGAGAACCUACACUUCUGCCUGUCCCCUGAGUUAUUGCAUGUCAAGCCCUAUCCAGACCCCCGAGGGCGGCCCACCAAGGAGGUUCUGGAGUUCCCUGCCCGAGAGGUCUACGCCCCCCAUACCUGCUACAGGAACCUGCUCUUCGUGUACCCACACAGUCUCAAUUUCAGUAGUCGUCAGGGCUCUGUGCGCAACCUGGCUGUGAGGAUCCAGUACAUGGCUGGCGAGGACCAAAGCCAGGCCUUGCCGGUCAUCUUUGGGAAAUCUAGCUGUAGCGAAUUCACCCGAGAGGCCUUCACACCAGUGAUCUAUCAUAACAAGUCUCCUGAAUUCUACGAGGAAUUCAAGCUGCGACUUCCCGCCUGUGUGACCGAGAACCAUCACCUCUUUUUUACCUUCUACCAUGUCAGCUGUCAGCCCCGGCCAGGAACAGCCCUGGAGACGCCUGUGGGCUUCACUUGGAUCCCUCUGCUACAACAUGGCCGCCUGAGGACUGGUCCCUUCUGCCUACCUGUGUCAGUGGACCAGCCUCCACCCAGCUAUUCGGUCCUGACCCCUGAUGUGGCGCUGCCGGGCAUGCGCUGGGUGGACGGUCACAAGGGUGUGUUCAGUGUGGAGCUCACAGCCGUAUCGUCCGUGCACCCCCAGGACCCCCACUUGGAUAAGUUCUUCACCCUGGUACAUGUUCUAGAAGAAGGGACAUUUCCAUUCCGGCUCAAGGAGACAGUGCUGAGUGAGGCCACUAUGGAGCAGGAGCUGCGAGCCAGCUUGGCGGCUCUGCGCCUCGCCAGCCCAGAGCCCCUUGUGGCCUUUUCCCACCAUGUUCUAGACAAGCUUGUCCGCCUGGUUGUGCGGCCACCGAUCAUUGGUGGCCAGAUAGUGAACCUGGGCCGAGGGGCCUUUGAAGCUAUGGCUCAUGUAGCCAGCCUUGUGCACCGGAGCCUGGAGGCCGUCCAAGACUCCCGUGGUCACUGCCCACUGCUGGCUGCCUAUGUCCAUUAUGCCUUUCACCUCCCUGGCGGUGACCUCAGCCUACCAGGUGGGGUCGCCCCAGCAACUGUCCAGGCGGCUACGCUGGCCCGAGGCUCUGGCCGCCCCACCAGCCUCUACCUGACACGCUCUAAGAGCAUCAGCAGCAGCAACCCGGACCUGGCUGUGGCCCCUGGCUCUGUGGAUGAUGAGGUGUCCCGCAUCCUAGCCACCAAGGGUGUCGAUCGCUCACACUCCUGGGUGAAUUCUGCUUAUGCGCCAGGAGGCAGCAAGGCUGUGUUGCGGCGGGUGCCCCCGUACUGUGGGGCUGACCCCAGACAGGACAUCGACCGCAGCUCUAGCCGUGCCUCCUCUUACCUCGAGGCCUCCUCCUCGUCCCUGCCACCCCCUCAGCCAAGACACACUGUGCAGAAGCUGCUGCACGAGGAGCUGGCUCUGCAGUGGGUGGUGAGUGGCAGUACGGUUCGCGAGGUGGCCCUUCAGCAUGCCUGGUUCUUCUUCCAGCUCAUGAUAAAAAGCAUGGAGCUGCACUUGCUCCUGGGCCAGCGAUUGGACACUCCCCGCAAGCUGCGCUUCCCUGGGCGCUUCCUGGACGACAUCUCAGCCCUGGUGGCCUCUGUGGGCCUGGAAGUCAUCACCAGAGUCCAUAAGGACAUGGAGCUGGCUGAGCGUCUCAACGCUAGCCUGGCCUUCUUCCUCAGCGACCUCCUAUCCAUAGCAGACCGAGGCUACAUCUUCAGCCUGGUACGAGCUCACUACAAGCAGGUAGGUGUGCAUGGUGGAGGGUGUGGGGGUGUGGCGGAUGUCGUCAUGUGACCCAGGGAUGCUGAUGUCCCCCCCGCCCCCCCCCGGCAUCUCCCCCCACAUCCACCCUCAGUGUCCUCCACUACUUCCCAGAGCUCCACCUUCUCCAGCCAGGCCCCUGACCCUAAGGUGACCAGCAUGUUUGAGCUAAGUGGGCCUUUUAGGCAGCAACAUUUCCUGUCUGGACUCCUGCUGACAGAGCUGGCCCUCGCCCUGGAGCCAGAAGCUGAAGGGGCAUCUGUUUUGCACAAGAAGGCCAUUAGCGCCGUACAUAGCCUGCUGUGCAGCCACGAUGUUGACCCCCGCUACACAGAGACUACUGUGAAGGCCAAGGUGGCAGAGCUGUACCUGCCCCUGCUCUCCCUUGCAAGGGACACACUGCCACGGCUGCAUGGCUUUGCCGAGGGUUCAGGGCAGCGAUCAAGACUGGCUUCCAUGCUGGACUCAGACACAGAAGGUGAAGGUGACAUUGGAGGCACCAUCAACCCAUCAGUGGCCAUGGCCAUUGCUGGGGGGCCUCUGGCUCCUGGCUCUCGCACCAGCAUUUCCCAGGGACCUUCAACAGCAGCUCGCUCAGGCUGUCCCCUCUCUGCUGAAUCCAGCCGGACUUUGUUGGUGUGUGUGCUGUGGGUCUUGAAAAAUGCAGAGCCAGCCCUUCUGCAGCGCUGGGCUGCCGACCUGGCCCUGCCCCAGCUGGGACGCCUCCUGGACCUCCUCUACCUCUGUCUGGCUGCCUUUGAGUACAAGGGAAAGAAGGCAUUUGAGCGGAUCAACAGCCUCACAUUCAAGAAGUCACUGGACAUGAAAGCCCGGCUAGAGGAGGCCAUCCUGGGCACCAUCGGGGCGCGACAGGAGAUGGUGCGGCGGAGUAGAGAGAGAAGUCCAUUUGGAAACCAAGAGAAUGUUCGAUGGCGUAAGAGUGUCACACACUGGAGACAGACCUCAGACCGUGUGGACAAGCCCAAGGAUGAAAUGGAGCAUGAAGCCCUGGUGGAUGGAAAUCUGGCUACAGAGGCCAGCCUUGUGGUUCUGGACAUGCUGGAGAUCAUUGUGCAGACGGUGAUGCUGUCGGAGGCCCGUGAGAGCAUCCUGGGUGCCGUGCUGAAAGUCGUUCUGUACAGUCUAGGCAGCGCCCAGAGUGCCCUCUUCCUGCAGCACGGCCUAGCCACCCAGCGAGCACUGGUUUCCAAGUUCCCGGAGCUGCUUUUCGAGGAAGAUACGGAGCUUUGUGCUGACCUCUGCCUGAGGCUUCUGCGACACUGUGGCAGCCGCAUCAGUUCCAUUCGCACGCACGCCAGCGCCUCGCUCUACCUGCUUAUGCGCCAGAACUUCGAGAUUGGCCAUAACUUUGCCCGUGUGAAGAUGCUGGUGACCAUGUCCCUGUCAUCCCUUGUGGGGACAGCUCAGAACUUCAGUGAAGAGCACUUGAGAAGGUCCCUCAAGACCAUCCUGACCUACGCAGAGGAGGACAUAGGGCUGAGGGACAGCACCUUCGCUGAGCAGGUUCAGGACCUCAUGUUCAACCUGCACAUGAUCCUGACAGACACAGUGAAGAUGAAGGAGCACCAGGAGGACCCCGAGAUGCUCAUGGACCUCAUGUACAGGAUUGCCCGGGGGUACCAAGGUUCUCCAGACCUGAGGUUGACAUGGCUGCAGAACAUGGCUGGCAAACAUGCAGAGCUGGGCAACCAUGCAGAGGCUGCCCAGUGCAUGGUACAUGCAGCUGCGCUGGUGGCUGAAUACCUUGCCCUCCUCGAGGACAGUCGCCACCUGCCUGUGGGCUGUGUCUCCUUCCAGAAUGUCUCAUCCAAUGUGCUGGAGGAGUCUGCCAUCUCUGAUGACAUCCUGUCUCCAGAUGAGGAGGGCUUCUGCUCUGGGAAGAACUUCACAGAACUGGGUCUGGUGGGGCUGCUGGAGCAGGCGGCGGCCUACUUCACUAUGGGUGGUUUGUAUGAAGCAGUGAAUGAAGUCUACAAAAACCUCAUCCCCAUUCUCGAAGCCCACAGAGACUACAAGAAGCUGGCCGCGGUGCACGGGAAACUGCAGGAGGCCUUCACCAAGAUAAUGCACCAGAGCUCUGGCUGGGAGCGUGUAUUUGGGACAUAUUUCCGAGUGGGCUUCUAUGGUGCACGAUUUGGUGACCUGGAUGAACAAGAGUUUGUGUACAAGGAACCAUCAAUCACAAAGCUGGCAGAGAUCUCACACCGACUGGAGGAAUUCUAUACGGAGAGGUUCGGGGACGAUGUGGUAGAGAUCAUCAAAGAUUCUAACCCAGUGGACAAGUCCAAGCUGGACCCACAGAAGGCCUAUAUCCAGAUAACCUAUGUGGAGCCCCACUUUGACACCUACGAGCUCAAGGACCGGGUGACCUACUUCGACCGCAACUACGGGCUGCGGGCCUUCCUCUUCUGCACACCGUUCACACCAGAUGGGCGAGCGCAUGGGGGGCUGGUAGAACAGCACAAACGCAAGACCCUGCUGAGCACGGAGCACGCCUUUCCCUACAUCAAGACACGCAUCCGCGUGUGCCACCGUGAGGAGACGGUGUUGACACCAGUGGAGGUGGCCAUUGAGGACAUGCAGAAGAAGACACGGGAGCUGGCCUUUGCCACUGAGCAGGACCCUCCAGAUGCCAAGAUGCUACAGAUGGUUCUGCAGGGCUCGGUGGGACCCACUGUGAACCAGGGUCCCUUAGAAGUGGCCCAGGUAUUUUUGGCAGAGAUCCCAGAGGAUCCCAAACUCUUCCGACAUCACAACAAAUUACGGCUCUGCUUCAAGGAUUUCUGCAAGAAGUGUGAGGAUGCACUGAGAAAGAACAAGGCCUUGAUUGGGCCAGACCAGAAGGAAUACCACCGGGAACUGGAGCGCCACUACAGUCGCCUCCGGGAGGCUCUGCAGCCUCUGCUUACCCAGCGCCUGCCCCAGCUGCUGGCACCAAGCUCCAGCAGCCUCAGGAACUCCCUGAACAGAUCUAGCUUCCGGAAGGCUGAACUCUGACCCCACAGGACUGAAAGCCACACCAGAAGACCAGCACCCACACCUCAGCUGUCUGUGCCUUCCUGGAGUCACUCCUGCCCUCUCAUCCACGGGUGACCACAACAUCUUUGGGGCUGGGCCCUCCAUCCCUCUGUCUGCACUGAUGUAUCCUAGGUUUUGUUUUGUUUGUUUGUUUUUAAUUUAAAAUAAGUUUUAUAUGCAA